AUGACACUACUGGACAGUAUAAAGCCUUUUUGGCCGCUACUCUUCACAAUCGGCCUCCCACGAGCGCUCGGCUACUACAAUGCCUUGAAGACAGCAUAUCGAACUCGCCCGCCACCUACAUCUCUACCACCACGAAUUGACCGAAGUCUCAACAUACUGUUCUGCUCAAUUCUGUUCUUCUUGAUUCAAUCGUACCCAAGGGGCCCUGAACGCGAUGUCUGGAACAUCUUCAGCGCGACCAGCACACGUUUUGGCGCACCAGCUGAUAUCCUCUUCACACGACUGGCCAUGUUGAGGCCGAGCACCAUAUUGACUGCUACCGAUGAGGCACUCCGUAAUGUCCUAUUGACCAAGGAAGCGCGCUACAUCUAUUUGACCGUUGGACCAUCAGCUCUCCUUUCAUGCCCUUUCUGCCAUCUUUCUCGUCCAAGCACAUACACCCUCUAUGCGCUACCAACGACAAUCCUCCUACCUCACCUCAUCCACCUCACAAUUCUUGGACUCGCCACAUCAGGCGCUCUGACCUCCCACAUUACCUCUCGUUUCCGCACUAAAUUGCUCAUCCCUGCUCUAGUGCUCCUCGCGAUGGACCUAUAUAUCAUUCUCGCUGCUACAUUUAUGCCAGCCGCCGUCCUUGCAAUAGGCACUCAGCCGCCUCAAUCCGUCUACGUCUGGCUCCGCGCACUACGACCUUUAAGCUUUUGUGCUGUCGACGCAGGAAUAGCAUUCUACAUCUGGGCAACCUGCACAAAUCGCUUUAUCUUCUUUCCUUUCCUGUCCAAUCCCAACAGCAGUGCGAGCCUAGAGUCGUUGCAAGUGCAAACACAAGAUCUUGUGCGGAACAGUGGGAUUUCCUUGCAGAAUACGCAAGCAAAGUUACGGGCUUUGAAUAUUGCACGCAAUACGGUUGUCAGGGAUGGGGGUCUGAAGGCGAGGGAGGAAGAAUACUGGACUGAGGUUAGGGAAGUUGAAGGAGAUGAUGAAGAGGUCUAUCAGGAUGAAGAGGUGCAGGCCGCCAUUGCAAGAGUCUACGGACAAGGUGGUAUCGAUGUGCCGAGGGCAAGAAAGGAGGCAGGAGCUUUUGUAGAUGGGGUCACACGAGGUUUGGAAGCGUCAGCGCCUGGCAGCGAAUAG